CCAUAAUGUCUCGGAUGCGGAACUGAUUGUCAUGUGACUGAGGAAAGAAAAACCAAAAUGUUUUUUAUUCAGAGCUGAAAAUCUUCAGUUAAAGAAAUGGAGGAGAUCAGAAUGUCUCCUGAUUAUGUUUGGUUUCGAAGCUCAGUGCCGCUGAAAAGAAUUAUAGUGGAUGAUGAUGACAGUAAAGUUUGGUCGCUGUAUGAUGCCGGGCCAAAAACCAUCAGAUGCCCGAUCAUCUUCCUUCCUCCUGUAAGUGGCACGGCCGAGGUUUUCUUCCAGCAGGUGCUGGCGCUCACUGGCUGGGGUUACCGUGUUAUUUCUCUUCAGUAUCCUGUUUACUGGGAUCUGCUGGAAUUUUGUGAUGGAUUUAAGAAACUUCUAGACCACUUACAACUCGAUAAGGUGCAUUUAUUUGGUGCUUCUCUGGGAGGAUUUCUGGCUCAAAAAUUUGCUGAAGUUACACAUAAAUCACCUCGUGUUCAUUCUCUCAUCCUGUGCAAUUCAUUCAGUGAUACGUCGAUUUUUAACCAAACAUGGACAGCAAACAGUUUCUGGUUGAUGCCGGCGUUCAUGCUUAAGAAGAUCGUUCUUGGAAACUUUGCUAAAGGACCUGUUGAUUCUAAGAUGGCAGAUGCUAUUGAUUUUAUGGUUGAUAGACUGGAGAGUCUGAACCAGAGUGAACUGGCAUCUCGACUCACAUUAAACUGUCAAAACUCCUAUAUUGAGCCUCACAAAAUAAAAGACGUUGCCGUCACCAUUAUGGACGUGUUUGAUCAGAGCGCUCUUUCUAACGAGGCGAAGGAGGAAAUGUACAAACUGUACCCCCAUGCUAGAAGGGCUCACCUUAAAACCGGCGGUAAUUUCCCCUACCUGUGCCGGAGUGCUGAAGUGAAUCUUUACAUCCAAAUUCAUCUGCGCCAGUUCCAUGGAACACGAUACGCGGCCAUCAACCCCACCAUGGUCAGUGCAGAAGAGCUUGAAGUCCAAAAGAGCAACCUGAAUAACUGUGGAGAAAACGAUGCUGAAUAAUAAAGUGAUGCUUCUG